GCUUUACGAUGUUAUUGUGGGUAUAUUUCCUACCGAAAAAGAAGAAGACAAUUUUUUGCGCCACAUUUUGCACAUGUCAACUGUGGACGCCGGCAAUAUUUUGUUUAUUUGUGUGAGCUUAUUAUUUUGAUUUACCAGUUCUGUGGAUUUGGAUUUUGUUAAUAAGUUACUGAAAAAAUAAUAAAAGCUAAUAAUAUGGAUAAGGCAUUACAUCAACAACUGUAUUCCGGCAUGUCACGACAUUCGCUGGGAGGUGCAUCCGCAGCUAGUUUGAGGGCUGGAGGAGCUGCUGGAAGAAAAUCAUUGGGCGGUUCUGUUUUGGCUUAUGGCGGUGGAGUAGUUGGUCUAAAAAAGUCUGCAGCCAAUGUCACGGGCGGUAUGGGUCAGAGCCGUUACAGUCUAUCGGGCAGAUCCAAUCAAUCUGUUUUGGGUAUACGUUCCGAUUUCAAUUUGGUAGAAAGCUAUGGAUUCCAAUUACCCGUGCUGGUAAAUGAAGCACUGACAUUCAAUGAGAAGAGCCAGUCGGUAUCAGUUCGUUGUGCCGAAAAUGGUUGGGCAUGGGUUGUUCACGGAAGACGUUUAUUGGUAUGGCAAUAUAAAGAUGUACGCAAUACUGGAACCGGCAAUUCUCCGCCUAGAAGUGCGAAAGAAAUGAUUGCGCGUAAUUCACAGAGAAGACCGGGAGGCAUGGCUCAGUGUCGUGAACUAACAUUGCCUCAUUGUGAUAUUGGCCACAAGGCUUCAUUAGUUAGUGUAUUUUCUAGUGAAGGUCAACAAAUGGCUUCGUGUGUUGCUGUCUCACCCACCGGAGAUGUACGUUAUUGGCCGUCUAUAGCUCAUGACGGUAGUUCCGUGGAUUUGACUAAUAUUUUGGAUGGUCAAGAAUUUGAUUUUAUGCUGACGUUGCCUCCACAACAUAUGCCCAUGAGUUAUUUGUUGGUGACCACAACUUGUAGUUUGGUGUUAUUGCAGUUGCAAUUGCAAAAUGGUCGUCAUGUAUUGCAACAUAAAACUAUAAGACAACCAUCUGGAUUUUUGGGUGGUAUUGGUAAAAAAUUUGCUUCAAUAAUCAUCGGCAUGAACAGUGGAAAUGACAAGGAAAAUAAAUUUGUUGCUGUAGCCUAUGACCAAAAGGCUUGCGGAGAACGUGAAGUUGUUAUAUCUGUACUUGCCGAUCGAUGGAUACAGCGCUGGCGCUUAAACCAUUCAGGCAAUAAUGAACAAUUGGUAUUUGAAGAUGGCGAUAUCAUUAGAAAAAUUCGUGAUGAAUUUUUACAAAAGUUUUGGAAUGUCAGAGAUAGUGCGGAUGUGGAAUUACAACUCUUGGAUAUGCGUAUAUUCGAAAACAAAACUUAUAUUUUGGCGGGUGCGGUAAAUACACCACACACACCUCAGAUGUAUUAUGGAAUAGCUGUUUUAAACACUACUAACGAAGGCAUGCAUCUGCAAUCCUUUGUACCUUUAAAGUUGUCACAGUUCUAUAGUGUGCCCACAGAAAAUGAAUGUUUGAGUUUACGUUUUAUUAUCUGUCGUACCCAUAUUUAUCUCUAUAACGAGAAAGUGGUAUAUCCCUUAAGCCUGUCCAACAUUCAAAUGGGUGAAAUUGAUGCUGAAAAAAUUGAGUUCCAUUUGCAAGAUGACCGCAUAUUGAGCGCAGCAGUGUGUGGCCAAAUUCCUCUGAUUUUUAGUCGCACACAUGGUUUAGUUUCGAUAACACCCGGUGAUUUUGAUAGUGCUGAAAUGAUGGUUAACAUGACAUGUGCUAGUCCCGAAGUUUUUUCUCCUGUAACUUCGGCUGCAGCCGACUCUAGUCUGAGGGAACAAAGUGUUUUGUCAACAUCGAUGAGUAAUGUUAACGAACAAAAUUUAUAUAUGUAUGAGUUGGAUCCAGAUUCGAUUUAUUCUGAAUUCAAAGAUGAUGUAAGUCAACUAAAGGCUGCUUUUAUUUACCGUUUAAAACGUAAUACCGCCAUGUGCAACACCAUUCUAAAUGAAUUAUUGAGAAAUAAUGUUGAACCUAAUACAGCAGGAAAACUAUCGGAGGCAGCUCAAUUAGAUAGAAUGGUUAUUACCAUUGCUGAAGAUUUGGCCGAAGAUGUACCUGCCUCUGAUCCUCGCUGGGAACAAUUGUUUGAGGAAUCUACGGCUCAUAAACAUGCCUUGGGAAGUUCUUCAUCUUUGCAAAUUAUAACACAAUUGAAAGAGAAAAAUUUAGCACUUAGACACUUCGUUGAGUUUUUACAUGCCACUGGAUUAUGGGAUAAGCUCAGUGCCAUACCAAGUGCCGGCGGCAGUGUUCUAAAGCCAACAUGCUUUGUUAUAUCCGAUAUUAAUGAACGUAUUAUAGCAGCAAUUGCCUUGAGAAGUAUACAAAAUAAGUAUAACAAACUCAUUGAUGAAGCCAUUAAUAUACUUGUACAACGUUGGCAGGAACGUCCUCAGGGCAACCUGACAGCCCAGGAUUUAUUUUAUGUACGCAUUUGUAAAUUUCAAGAAAUUCUACAAGCAUUUUGUGAUCUAGCUGAUGGUCGCAUUGAUACCCAACAUCAAACGUCUUCGUUGGCAUCGUUCAUACAUGAUAUCAAUGUAGUGGUCUUGCAUAUCAUCAGUGAAGUUAUGAAUUUCCGUGAACAAAAUGCAACCGUAUAUUCAUUGCCCGCUGAUAAAAUGGAUACAUAUGAAUAUUUACCAUGGACGGCAAUGUCGGGUAAUAUUGGUAUGCGUGAUGCUAUAUCACAUUUGAUAGAUGUGUCUGUCAAAUAUGGUGCACAUGGUACAAGUGAUCCAGAUUUAAGACAACGUAUAUAUCAACAAAUCUUGGAAUUGAUUGAUAUUGUAUUGGAUGGUCGUAAGCAUUAUUUAGAUAGUGUGCGCGAUACGGAGAAAUUUAAUGUCUUACAACAACAAUUUGAAUCACAGAGAAGGGCAUUAAUUUCAAUAUUGCUUGAUGAUCAACAGUACGAAGCUGUUGCAAAAUUAGCUGAAAAAUAUUUAGACUUUCAAUCUCUGGUUAUACUUUGUGAUGUAACCAACAAUCAAGAACGUUUGGAUGCCUAUAUUAAAAAAUAUGAGGAAUAUGAUUUUUCACAGUUUGCCAUCAAUUGGCAUUUACGUCAAAAUCGCCAAGGAGAAGUGUUUGAACGUUUCAAGGGAAAUCAAGCAGCAUUGUCACAAUUUAUGCGUGAUCAUCCUACACUUGGUUGGAUACAACUUGUAUUUAAUGGUGAUUUUGAAAGAGCCUCAAAAACAUUGUUCCAACUGGCACAGACUGAGACAGAGUUUGUCCAAAGAAAAAAAUCAAUGUUGUCUUUGGCUAAGUUGGCAGCAUUUGCCGCUGCAGACUCUGAUGUAACGUUACAAUUGGAGACCAUCAAUGCUGAAUUGAAUAUUGUCGAUUAUCAAGAACAAUUAAGUGAUCAUUUAUUACAAGCAUUCGGUUAUGAGGUGGAAAAUCAAAAGGUUUUGCGUAUUGAGGAAAUUAUAAAUCUUUUUAUUGCCGAUGAACAUGAUACAGCCACCGAGUUUGAUUUUCGCAAAGCCUUGGAAUUACUCAAUUAUCUCGAAGAUCCAUUUGAGGCGCGGCAUAAAAUCUGGUGUUCAGCAAUAUUGCGGGACAAUUGGACACAAUAUGACACGAACACCGCUGUUGAUUAUAUACAGAAUUUAAUGUUCUUCAAAUUAAUUGAAUUAUGCCACCUAAUGGAUGGCGAUUUUGAUACCUUCCUACCACCAAUGGAAGAGUUCUUGAACAGCAGUGAUUUAGAAGAAUUGGUGAACAAUAAAUCAUUUCAAUAUCUUUUAAAGCUUACCUAUGAAUAUAUUAAUGAUACGUUUAAAAAUAAGAAAUCCGAUGAAAUGAUGGAAAUGUAAUGAAGUGUGUGU